AUGGUGACCACAAGAAACACUAACACUGAGGAUCAGGCGGAGAUGUUGAGGAUGAUGGAGCAGAGGAUGAUGGAGAUGCAACGAAAGCAUGAGGAGGAGAUGACCACAGUGAGAGCGGAGUAUUUGGCCCAGAUUGCGAAGAGUAAGAACGGGGGGACUGAAGGUGAGCAGGGCGAGGGAGCAGGAGAGAAGCGGACACCAUUAGAAGGGGAGAAUAGUAGUGCUCAUGCGGAGGGAAGAGAGGAGAGGGGGAACAAGGACAGCCGAUCACUGGUAAACGUGGAAGAGUCAACCACUAUGGUGUCGUUCGUACGGGAGAUUAUGGAAGUGCACAUAUCGGAGCAAUUCGUACCUCCUCAGUUCAAGAUGUACGAUGGGACGUCCGACCCGACCGCCCAUGUUAAGUCAUUCAUCAACACCAUGACUUUCUGUACCGGAUGUGACGCCAUUUGGUGUAGGGCGUUUUCUUUAUCCCUGGAGGGAGAGACUUUAGAGUGGUUUAACUCGUUGCCAGUCAACUCCAUUGAAAACUUCAAGAGUUUGGGAGAAAUGUUCAAAAAACAAUUUGCCGCAUGCAAUGCGGAGGAUAUGACGGUGGUAGACCUGAUGAACCUGAAGCAGGGCAAGGAAGAAUCUUUGAAAUCUUUCAUGGAUCGAUACCAGAAAACGGUCCGUAAAGUUAAGGGACUGAGUUUAGAACUAGCCCUCCAAUAUGUAAUGCCCGCAUUGAGACCCGGUCCUUUUAAGGAUAGUGUAUGCCGGAAUCCUCCUAGUACAAUGGAGGAAUUGAGAAAACGGACGGCGGACGAGACCCGGGUGGAGAAUAUGAAACAAAAUUACAGGAGAGAGCAGCAGGAGGCUAAGGCCGAAAAGGGGGAUAGUAGAAAAGGUGAGGGUCAAGGAAGUAGGCCGAAUGAACCUAGACUUCGCGAGGGGCCAAGGGGUCCCAAAUUCCCGCAGUACACCCCCCUCAACGCUCCCCGAGCUCGGAUAUUACAAGAGGCGCUGAGCACCCAAGUCUUACCCACACCUCAGAAACGGCCAACGCCUCCGGGAGCGGACCUGAGUAAACGAUGUCUCUAUCACCAAAACUCCGGACAUGAUACGGAGGAUUGCCUGACGUUGAGAGACAAGAUUGAAGAGCUAAUCUGA